GUCAUUAUAUGACGCGGAGGGCUUAUUUUCUAGAAAAGAAAAAAAUAUGCAAAUUUUGGAGUGCGGCGCGCAGGAAGUACCUAUCAGCAAAAUUAGCCAUGGCUAAACCAAAAUCUGGCUCAGAAUGGGAGAAAAUUGCUCAAAGUAUCGAAGAUGAUAAUACGAACGAAAUAGAAACUAUGGAAGAUUUAGAAGAAAAGAUGCGUAAAACUCCAAAAGGCAUAUUUCCCAGUGGAUGGGAUGAUCCAGACGAUUUGAUCCAGGAGGACUCGGAUCCCGCCGCAUCACUGGAGCGGUUGGCACUCUGGGCUGCCGGAGAAGAUAAGUUGGAAGUUUUGGAACAUGCCCUAACGAAAAAGGCGUCGAUUGUCAGUGCCGUCGACAGUGAUGGGUACACCCCGUUGCACAAGGCCUGCUACAAUAACAACAUUGAAAUGGCCAAACUGCUGCUGCAAUACGGAGCCAAUCCGAAUGCUCGAACCGAAAUGGGAUGGACCCCCUUGCAUUCGGCCUGCAAGUGGAACAACGCCGAAUGUGUCAGCCUGCUGUUGCAACAUGGAGCGAACAUAAAUGCCGCCUCGGAUGGAGACCAAACCCCCCUGCAUAUUGCCGCUACUGUGUCCGAUAGUCGGAGUACGCUGAUAACGCUACUGAUGGAUGAACGGAUCAAGCCAGAUUUGCUGAACAACUCGGGGGAGAAGGCGGCGGACAUCGCCAAAAAGAGUGGCUUUACGUUUCCGCUAUUUGAAAUGGCUCAAUCUGCUUUGAGUGUGGAGACCGGCUUGUUGGAUUGAUCUUUUUAACGGAUAUAGUUUAGGUAGGUACAUAAGUGAUGUAAACGAGGAAGGCAAUAUAUGUAGUUAUUAAUUUAA